GCCGACGACCUCAAACAAAUGGCGUCUUUUUGAACUGUAUGGUUACUAUGGGAUGAAACUAAGCUAAAAUGUCUACCACAACAGAAUCACUUGGUGUUAACAAUACCUUACAUCAUCUAAGUGAACUCGCUGAUCGUAUGCGUUUUGCUAAAUAUGGAGAAUAUGGAUUCAGUGAACAAGAUAUCUCCAUAUUGGGAAACAUUACAUCUUCAAUCAAUAAAUUGGAGAGUGAAAGAAGUAAAACUCAUGAACUGCUGGAAACAGAGACUAUUCAUUCUAGUAUACUGAGACAUAGAUUAUUUAUGUCACCAGAUGAGAUAAACAAUGAAAUGCAAACAGCUGUUAGUUCUGCUAGGCAGUCAAAUGCUGAUGAGUUGAAGAAAUUACAGGAUCAGCUGCAGUCACUCAAUGAUAGCAUUGACUACCUAGAAAAAAGACUGAAGACACUAGAAAAACAAAAUGCCAUCCUUCAUCCUGAGCGUGACAUGGUACGUGCUCAACAUGAAGAAGUCAUAUCACAGCUUAAUCAAAGGAUGGCAGAUAAAGCUAGGAACUUCCAGUAUUUGCAGGUCAUCAGGAAUGCACAAUACAACAAGGACAUCUUGACAUGUGAUGAACGUAUUAAACAGAUGGAGGAUGAGUUGAAGAAAGCCACAAGGAACUGCAUUGCAAUGGAAAAGGAGUAUACUGAAGUUGUGACAGGAUUAGAGAAACAACAGAUUGAAGAGAUGACUCCAGGCUAUGAAGAAAGAGAAAAGACUUUUGAUGAAACAACUCAGAGUUACGGUGAAAUGAAAAAGUGUAUUGUCAAACUCAAGAACAAAAAGAAUGGACUUGCAGAUCAAAUAAGAAGAACAAAACAAGAAAUUGAUAAAAUAUCAAGGCCACAGGUAAAAUAUAAAACUGUUGAUGAGUUCUUAUUUAUACUUGAUAGUUGA